AUGGCGCCAUCCGAGUUCGAGGCACGCAUGGUCGAAUAUGUGAAGCUAUUGAACAAGGAGCUAAGGAGUGCCGGCGCUGGUACACCGCCACCGAUAAUCCACCGGCAGGACAGCGCUUCACCUCCCCCUUCAACGCCGCCGAGGGAUGCAGCAGGGUUCAGUGCUCUCGAUGUGUCGCGACUGACCUUGUGGAACAUAUACAAUAACAAUACAUUGUACCCAGGAGUUGGGCAUCAACCAUCUAUGUCUCCACAACCGUCGCCCAUACCACCAGUGUCCACUCCUGAACCACAGAGAGAAGCACUCGAUCUUGGACUCAGGUCGUCGCCUGUAUCCUCACCGGUAAGACAAAGUUCACCCUGUUCGAGUAGCAGCAUGCAAGUGAAGAAAGAUCAGGACUCGACUGUCCCGGUUGGACCUACACCGGCGAAAAGAUUACUUGCCGACGAUGACAAUCCCGUCGAGAAGAACGUCCUUGGUACGCAUAUAAAAAUUUCCAAUCGAGGAGACGGAAGGAACGGCGACAAUUCCUUAGUAGUCAGUAUGGAGCUAAACGGAGUGAUGUAUCAAGGUAUCCUAUUUGCGCAAAAUGACAAUAAGACCUCGAGCAACACAGCGACAUGCAGCAGCAACAAUUCGAAACCAUCGCGAGGCGUAGUUUCGUGAAUACACAACGAUCAACGAAGCAGCCUACGUUAUGUCUCGACACGUAGGAUUCAUUUAUAGCAAUAAAUGAUAAAUAGAAUAAUCAUAACGAGACACGGAGCUGUCUGCCAUAAUGUUAGUCACCGAUCGAUCGAAGUGUCUUCGUAAUUGUACAAAUCGGAGAAUGUUCGAAUUUCAAUGUAGUUCGACGCGUGUGAUCAAGAUCUCUCAUGCGAACAUUUGUCGUUUACGUCGUAUGUGAAUCAAUCGUUUUAUUAAGUUUCUUUUCUCAAAUCAUAAAAAAACAUAUUCGCAAAGAAAUUCUGAAUUCUUAUUGUGAUAUUAGAUGCGCGUAUCUAGCUGAUCGUCAGAUGUUUUUAUUUCUUGUUUCUCUUGUUAACUGUAUACGGAAUUUUUCUGGCCACUCUUAUGUAUUUUCGGUCGAUCAUUGGCGAGCGUAGGAAGAAAUUGAGUUUUUUUUUUUUUUUGUUUUAACAACGACAACUGCAACAUUAUUAUUUAAUAACGUUGCUCCAGUUUCUUACCGGAAUGGUAAAAAUUGUGUAAAUAAUACACAGGGUAUAUUUCUGAAAUCGGCUAGAAGGUAAUAAGUUGCAAAAAAAGAUAAUUUUUUUUUAUUUAUUUAGACUUCGUUUCUGAGAAAAUCGGGUUUGAAAAUUUACUUCUAAAGUACUUGAAUUUUAUUAAUUUCAUUAAUUUUAGAUGUGACAGAAAAGAGUAAUUAA